AUGAACGAGAAGACGGUGUACAACGCCCUGCCGAAGCUGCCGGGGUUCAGCUUCCCUGAGCUUCACCACCCGCCGAACCACUCCCGACGGCAAUACUGCAGCAUCCAUGACGGCACCAGAGCCGUGCUCGAUGCUCGUCCGAUCCGUCGGAGGGACGGUGAUAACGGCGAGGGAGGGGAGUGCGGUGGUUUAAGUCGCGCCAAGAUUUUUGCCAGGUUCCCGGCAUGGAACUCGAUGGACGAUAAAGUUCUUCGCUUCUUUGCGUACUACAUGGAGCGCGUGGAUGAGAGCAUGGUGGAGCGAAUGCGUGUUCGGAAGGUGAAGAUUUACUUCUACCUCUGUGACGGAACUCUUGUCGUGGUGGAGACCCCUGCUGUCGCCAACAGUGGUCUUCCUGGCGGCACAAUUGUCUCCCGUUGCAAAAUCGAUGGUGUGGACUUUUUCUCUUUUUACAUCGGAUCCACCAUUCAGGUAAGAGGGGUGGAGUACACGCUUGUUGAUUGUGAUGCAGCCACGCGUGACUUUUGCGCGGCGAUGGAAGUACCUCAGCCUGAACCCCUUGGCUACCCGGAGGAUGCGUUCGAGGCCAGCGUCAAGGUUGUAAAGGUCCCCAUGGAUGAGCUGCAUGCCACGAUGCGACGCAACAUGGAAGUUGCGGCGGCAAAUGCCACCGGAGCCCAUGCCACUCUUCUUUCGCCAGAGGAGCGCAGUAAAGCCCGCAACUUCUUCGAGCACGACCGGGAAGUACUACGCUUUUUUGCGGUCUGGGAGCAGCGACUUUUUAGAUUGCAGUAUUACAUUGCUGACCAAACUGUUUCUGUCAUGCUGGAACAUGCGAGGAACGAUGGGCGUGAUCCUAUCUCUGUCUUCAUUCGGCGCACCCUUAUUCCUAAAGAUCCCAAGGCACCGCUGCAAGAUACAGAAACACUCAAUCAUCCGCUCGGAGCCCCUGUUGUGUACAUCUCCGAGGAAGAUUUGCGGACAGGAACAAGGAUCAAUUUAUUCUCACGAGAAUUCUACAUUUUUGACUGUGACAACUACACACGGGCCUACUACGAGGCGAAAGGUAUUGCACAGCCGUCUUUCCCAAAACCACCAACAGAAGCAGAUAUACUUGCCCCCAAGCCGAAAUCACCGCCGCCAACGGCAACGCAAUUGCCCAUUAUGAAGAGUGUCCAGGGCGCGUCGACAAUGGUAUUUGAAGAUCAUUCCAGUCAUAAGGAUCGCCUCAAACUUACUCGCUAUACAAACGAUGUGUUCCGUUUUGCCGCUCGACGUGUGAAUCCAAGCCCAGAAGAUGAAGGUCGAAUGUUUGUCUUUUGCUACUACCUCGCCGAUGAUACAGUGUCGCUUUUUGAGCUUGUUGUGGCAAAUAGCGGGCAUGUUGGUGGAAAAUGCUUUGCCCGUGCCGUUGUCCCUGAGAUAAAUGAGCCUGGAAAACUGUGUGUGGGGGCCAGAGUGAAACUGGCGGGGGUGACUUAUGAGCUCAUCGAGAUGGAUGAGCGAACCAAGCGAUACAUUGCGAUGGGAAUGCCUCUCAUGGAUGAGGACUAUUUCCGCACCCAGGAACUCGUUCAUCGUGUGCGAAAUGUCAUUCUUCAGCGCUUCUCAAGUGUGACCGAUGUCUUCCGACGUUUUAAAUCAACGGUGGAUGGAUUGGACAAGGAAGAUGUGAAGGGACUCUUUCUGGAGUGUGGUACUCGACUGGACGCAGCCGAACUGGAUCGUGUUAUGGCAAGGCUGGAUCAGGACAAUGACGGAAUUGUCAAUUUAUCGGAACUUACGGAAAAUCUUUUGCUGCUGCAGUUUGUUUCCGAUUUUGUUCCAAAGAAUGAAACUUUUAGAAGCAUCGAAAAGGGUCCUCUCCGCUCGUUCCGAAACCUUGAGGCGAGCAAAACGGCAGCAAGGGAGGCGGAUGAGGCUCUGCGGAAGUUAAUCUCGAAAAGCGAAGCCCGUCGGAUUCUUCUUAUUCGGGCAUUCAGGAUAACCUCAAACAGCACCUACGACGGUCAUCUCAGCGUUGAGGAUUUCAGGCGAACCCUGAAAGAUCGAAUGAAUUUUUCACUGACCGAUAGCGAGGUGGAGAGCCUUGUCUACAAAUUUUAUUAUCUCCCAGGGCUGGAGGAUUGGACCGCGCGUCGUUUGCCAGUCAAGGAGAUUCAGCGCCUUAUUAUGUGUUAG